UUAUAAGUGCAGACAACAGACCCCUUCACUGCUCAUUUCUAUACAGGAGGUCAGCAUCUUCAGAGACAGAGAGUGAGGCUCCCGGAGGGAAAGAUGUUCUGUUCAGAUAUCCUCACCGAGCCUAGCCGGAAGGAAGUGGAGAUGAGGGAAGCUGCAUCUCUCCGACAGCAGAGAAGAAUGAAGCAAGCAGUGCAAUUUAUUCACAAGGAUUCAGCUGAUCUGCUACCUCUGGAUGGACUGAAGAAACUGGGGACUUCCAAAGACACUCAACCACAUAACAUUCUGCAAAGACGUUUACUGGAGACAAAUUUAUCAAAAUUACAAAAUAACCGAGGGACAUGGACUCCAAAAAAUGACAUCUUAGCACAGACCAAUAAGCUGAAUCAAACCAACCCAGACAACCCAAAGCAAAAGGAGGAAGAAGACUUAAUAUUUGUGUGCUGUCAGUGUGCUGGAAAGGACUUGAAAGCUCUGAUUGACACCAGUUGUCAGUAUAAUCUCCUAUCAUCUGCAUGUUUGGAUAGGCUGGGGUUAAAGGGGCAUGUCAAAACAUACAAGACUGAAGGUGAGAAGAUGUCAUUACCAUGCAAUAUGAAAGUGAUUGGCCAGAUAGAACAUUUAGCUGUUACAUUGGGAACUAUCCAUGUGGACUGUUCUGCAGUUGUCACAGAAGACAAUGAGAAACAUUUCUCCCUAGGGCUUCAGACCUUGAAAUCUCUGAAGUGUGUCAUAAAUAUGGAAAAGCAUCACCUUGUACUGGGGAAGACAGAGAGAGAAGAAAUCCCAUUUGUUGAUAAUAACAUCUCCAAAAAUGGAGAUAACUUUUCUGAGGAUUAAAGACUGAAACAUCCACAAAUGAGAAACCCUGACAUCAAAGAAAAGCUCCAGAAAAAAAUAGCAACAUGUAACAUUGAUAACACUUAUGCUAUAGGCUACAGCUGUAAAGCUAAAUUAAAUCAUAUUCAGUAGCCAGUAACUUAGCAAUGUUGUCUUGUUUAUCUAUGUUUUUGAGAUAUAAAUAUAUGCCUAUUUUCCAGACUCUACUGCAAUGCCCACCUGUUAUGAAUGAUUUCACAGACCUGAUGGGCAUAAUUUAAUGAUGAGAAAAGACCUUUUUAUAGCAGCCUCAAAUGAAAUAAUUGUUUAUCUGUGAUUAGAAGCUAUCAGAAUUAGAUUUUUACUAAUGAUUUUUUCAAUAGCUAAUGUUUAUAUACACUAAAUUGACAACACCAGGUCAAAUAGCCAUAAAAAGAAGCUAUUCAGAUUAAAAUAUCAACAGAAAUAUUACAUACUGGUACACAUCAUCUCAACAGUAAUAAUGUUUUUGCCAUGUGGAGUCUGAGAAGAACAAUCAUAUGAUUAUUCACUGAUGGAAUUUGCCUUCAAGACCUCUGUUUACAGAAGAUUGUUACUAGAACUAUUCCACAGUUCAAUAACAGCAAUUCUAGAAAAUUCUCCACUCUGCUGGAUUGGCAUGUUGAGCCAUAACAAAAGAAACAAGCACAAAGUUGUACUGUCCAAAAAGCAGCAAUGCUGCUGAUAGACAAUUUGGCCUGUUGAUUUAGUUGUGCACCAGGAUAGUGUGAUCUAACUCUACUUUGGAUGCUUUUACAUUUCUCCCCAUCCAUGUGCUGCUCUCUGAGCCCAUACCAGUAUUACAGCACCAGACUGAGCUUGAAAUUACACUUGCAACACCACAGCUAAAUUGGUUUUAAAGCCCUGUACUUCAGCAUCAUUACCUUUAAUGCACGAUAUGUAUGGUUAUCUGCAAAAUCCCCAGCAUGUCUUAAAAGUCCAAGACCAAGCCUGAUUCCCCCAGAAGGAAUUUGGAAAUUUUCAUUGGGCCCAACAUUUAGCCCCUUUUUGCUCUCUUGUUUGAACAAUGAUGGUACUACUGCACACAGACCUUUCCUAGAUAACGAAAGAAAUCCGUUGCACCCCCUUGAAAGACUUGAACCUUUUACAAUGAUCCUCUGCAUAUUUUAAAGGUGAAUGUGGGAAUUAUUUACUAUCAGCAGUGGAGGGGCUUCUUUCAAAGCUAAGAAAUUUGUUAGACAAUCAGGUUUGUGCUAAUUAUCCUUACUUAGGUUAUUGAGUCUGAGUGUUUGGCAUAGCAGCUGUCAACACACCUAGAUUUUCAAAGAGGCUUUUUGUAGUGCUUCUUAUGCUGUGUAACCAUGAGACUGAAACCUGCAGACAUUACUAAAGUCUACACUCAGGAUCCAGUCAACCAAAGCACUUAGGUACCAGUUCAGCAAGAUACGUAAGCAUGUACUUUAUGUAAGCAUAUGUGUAGUAAGGAUGUUAGAUAUUGGUUAAUUUUCUAGUCAUGUAGUAGUCAUUGGUUAAUUUACUAGUCAUGACUAGUCGAUAGGCAC